UUCAUUGAGAUUUUUGCACUUCCCAUGUUUUGGACCGAUGAAUCACUGCUUAUGACGAGUAACUUUUGUUACGUUCUUUUUCCUGUUGGAAGACAGUUUCCCACUGUGUCUGGAUGUCGUUGCACCAACAAUAGAUGGAAGUUGAGAAAGUGGACAGUUCAAGUUAGAAAAGUCUUUCGCAGCCACCGAAAUGUUUUGUUGUGUACCCUUCAGACUGAAAGGGAGUCGGAUAGAGACUUUUGGAAACAAUUUUACAAAAAUAGCAUAAACUUGCCCAAAACACGUUUUGAGCAGAGAGCUAAUGCAGCAGUCAAAGAAUUGGAGAUUCAAAAGUUUUGGGAAGAUCACCUCAUUUACGAAAAGGUAUUAGAGGCAAAUCAACACAAAACUUUCGUUUUGCAUGACGGCCCACCUUACGCUAACGGAACAUUGCACGUUGGUCACGCUUUAAACAAGAUUCUGAAAGAUAUAAUUUGUCGAUAUCAUUUGCUAAGAGGCUUCUAUGCAUGUUUUAUUCCUGGAUGGGACUGCCAUGGUCUUCCCAUUGAGCUCAAAGUCUGGCAAAGUAUUCCGAAAGAAAAUCACGAUAAAGUUAGCGUCAUCGAGCUUCGAAGAAGAGCUGCAGAGUUUGCAAGAAAUACUAUAGAAGAACAGAAAAGUUCCUUUAAAAGGUUUGGAAUUUGGGGCUUUUGGUCGCGUCCAUAUUUAACUAUGUCUCCUGAAUAUGAGGCAGCCCAAAUACAAGUCUUUGGAGAACUGUUUUUGCGUGGCUUCAUUUAUCGUGCUCGCAAACCAGUGCAUUGGAGUCCUUCAAGUAAAACUGCCUUAGCGGAAGCAGAAUUGGAAUAUUCAGAAGACCAUAUUUCGACUGCAAUUUAUGUUUCUUUUAGGAUUGCUCAUGUCAAUUCUCUGUUGGGAGAUUUGCCUAUUUCUUCCAAUUCUUUAGAACUUGUCAUUUGGACUACUACUCCUUGGACACUUCCUGCUAAUGAAGCUGUGGCAGUGAAUCCUCACAUGACUUACUCUUUGAUAGAGGUGGCACGAUUGAACCGAUUUUUAAUAGUUGCGAAAGAUUGCUUGAAACGAGUAAGAGAAAAGUUAAAACUUGAAUGGCAAGAUUGUCGACAAGUUUUGGAAUGGACGGGGGAAUCUUUGGUUGGUAUCAAAUAUUAUCAUCCAAUUAUAAAGGAUAAAAUCUGUCGAGUUGUGAGAGGUGGAAAUUAUAUAACAUCAGAAAGUGGAACUGGUUUGGUGCAUACAGCUCCUGGUCAUGGAGAGGAAGACUUUGUUGUUGGAAAACGUGAAAAUCUACCCAUUUCUUGUCCUGUGGAUGAGAAUGGAAUGUUUACAAAGGAAGCUGGUGAGGUUUUGUUUGGACAUUCUGUGUUAGGACAAGGAAACAAGCUAGUACUGGAACUUGUUGAGAAUAUGAAUUUAUUACUUGCGAAAGAGUGUUAUCGACACAAAUAUCCUUAUGACUGGAGAACGAAGGAACCUACUAUUUAUAGGACUACAGAACAAUGGUUUGCAUCUUUGGAAAACUUUCGAAAGGAAGUCUUGGAUAGUAUUGAUCAGGUUACUUGGAUUCCAGAGUCCAAGAAGAAUCUUAUUCGCUGUAUGGUUAUGGAAAGAUCAGAUUGGUGUAUUUCUAGACAGCGUGCAUGGGGUGUUCCUAUACCUGUAUUUUAUGAUGUUUCUAAUGGUAAUAUUCCUGUUCUUGAUGAAGAAAUCUUAGAACAUAUAAGUCACAUUAUCAAAGAAAAAGGUUCUGAUGCCUGGUUUUACAUGUCAGAAGAAGAGUUGUUGCCUGCAAAACACAAAAAUAGGCAUCUCGUGAAGGGAAUGGAUACGAUGGAUGUUUGGUUUGAUUCUGGUUGUUCAUGGGCAGCAUUGGAAAGCAAAGGUUAUUUGAAGAUACCCGCAGAUUUAUAUUUAGAAGGUGGUGACCAACAUAGAGGUUGGUUUCAGUCUAGUCUUUUGACUUGUGUUGCUACAAAAGGUCGUGCACCUUAUCUAAAGGCAAUUACUCAUGGUUUUGUAUUGGAUGAAAAGGGAGUAAAGAUGAGUAAGAGUGUUGGGAACGUAAUAGAUCCUCAAGUGGUUGUGAAUGGCGGAAAUAAUCAAAAAAAGGAUCCAGCAUAUGGAGCAGAUGUCUUGAGACUUUGGGUCGCAAGCGUGGAUUACAGGAAUGAAGUUUUAAUUGGUCCGCAAAUCAUUCGACAAGUUGCUGAUAUUUAUCGAAAGAUUCGAAAUACACUUCGCUUUAUGGUUGGCAAUUUGUAUGAUUUCAGAAAGGACGUGAAUGCCAUUCCAUUAGCUGAACUUCCUCAGUUGGAUAUUUAUAUGCUUACUGUAUUCAACAAAUUCAAGAAAUCUGUUGAAAGUGCAUAUGAAAGAUACGACUUUACUUCUAUAUAUCAAGCCAUUCAGCGACUUUGUAUUACAGAAUUGAGUAACUUCUAUUUGGACAUUUCAAAGGAUCGUCUAUACGUUUCUCUACCUGAUGAUUAUCGUCGUAGAAGUUGUCAAACAGUUUUGCAUAUGAUACUUGAAGAUUUGGUCCGAAUAGUUGCUCCACUUAUUCCUCAUACUGCAGAAGACCUUUGGCAGUGUUUUGAGUUUCGACGGGAUGCAUGUCUUUCAGUAUUUCAGUCAGGUUGGUUGUCGAAUGAGAAAGUUCCUUUGGGUCAUUAUCCGGAUACAUUUUGGGAGAAUGUUCGUUUGUUGCGAGAUGAUGUGAAUAAGUGUUUGGAAAAGGCAAGAGAAGAACAACUCAUUGGUUCUUCCCUGGAAGGUAGAGUUGGAAUAUAUUUCAAUAGUAAGGAUGAUGAGAAGCACAUUUCCUUUUGUCAUCAUUUGAGACAACUUUCAAAUAGUAGUAACCAAGUAGACCAACUUGAAUACUUGUUUCUUGUUUCUCAAGUGGAGUUUAUGGAAAGCAAAGAAAGCUUAUACAGAGUGUACUCCUACGCAAGAGAUAGUGUUCAUUCACAACUGGAUUGUUAUUCUAUAGGAGUUUCUAAAGCAUUGGGUCAUAAAUGUUUUCGAUGUUGGAACUUCUCUACAAGUGUCCAACAAAAUGAAAAACAUCCAGAACUUUGUCAUCGAUGUAUUUCGGUCGUAGAUAGGCUAUUGUCGAAAUAAACAGUCGACUUCUAAUAAUAAGGU